UUCUGUCACCUUUCGCUUCCCCAUCACAACACCAUUUUAUGUUUCUAUUUCAAUUAUUUAUGUGUUUUUGCUUCUAUUACAUUUAUUUAUUUAUCUAUAACUGCCCAUCUCUCUCUCUCUCUUAAUUAAUAUCACUAUAAUAUAUAUAUAUAUAUAUAUUACUGUGUUUUUAGCUUUCCGUAACUUUGGAUUUCAUCUGUUUCCUGAAACUUCCGGCCAGCUCUAUUCACCAUUUCCGAAAAGGUAAACAGGGAACUUACAGAAAAAAAGAGAACAUAAUUAAGCUGCAAAAGAAAGGGAGUCCUGAAAGCCCUAUCAAUAGAUGCGUAAUGUUGGUUUCUGAACAAUCAACCAUGGCAAUCAAAGCUUACCAAGAUCAGGCUGAACAGCUACUAAAGGAAUAUGUCCUAGCAGACUCUUUUGUGCCGUACAUUUCUGUAGUUGGUGGCAUACUUGCUUGCAAAAUGGUCUAUGAUCUUACUCAAUUGAUUAGUUCUAUUUACUUCAAGAGCUACUCUAACCUUUCAAGAAUGCAAGGUGUUGAGUGGAAUAACAGGGCCAUAUCAACUAUUCAUGCUGUUUUUAUCACAGUCUUGUCAUUGUAUUUUGUCUUUUGGUCGGAUCUCUUUUCUGACUAUCAACUUGGUGGCCUUGUUACAUUGCGAACUUCUCCACUAUCUACGUUUGUAUUGGGGGUUUCAAUUGGUUAUUUUCUAGCGGACAUUGGCAUGAUCUUUUGGUUUUAUCCUGCUCUUGGUGGGUUGGAGUAUGUGGUUCAUCAUCUUCUUUCUGUAGCAGCAUUAACGUAUGCAAUGUUGACUGGGGAGGGACAGCUCUAUACGUACAUGGUUCUUAUUUCUGAGACAACCACCCCUGGGAUCAACUUAAGAUGGUAUCUUGACACAGCUGGUAUGAAGCGGUCUAGAGCUUAUGUCAUAAAUGGGGUUGUAAUAUUCUUUUCUUGGCUGGUUGCCAGAAUACUCUUGUUCAUAUACCUGUUUUAUCAUGUCUACCUGCAUUAUGAUGAGGUUAAGCAGAUGCACACAUAUGGGUUACUUUUAGUAAUUGUGGUUCCAUUGCUAUUAUCUGUGAUGAACUUGAUGUGGUUUUGGAGGAUCUUCAAGGGAUUGAAAAAGACAUUAGCAAAGAGACAAUGAAAGGACAUGUCGGUAGAAAACCAAGUGUAAAAAGUAAAUCCGCUCACCCACCUUUUUUUUUUUUUUUUUUUUUGGGUAGUUGGCAUAGAGUUAAAUAUAGAUCAGUUAAUGUUUACAUGAACAUAAUCUUUGAUUUUACUGUGAAUAUUAAAUAUAGAAGUUUGAGGAAGUCUGUUCUACAACAACUGUGCUAUGUACAUUAGAUUAUGAAACUAUGGGAUGAAUUAUAAUUUUCUUAUGAGUAAGGUUCCUUGUUCCUGACAACAUACUGUAUCGUAGUCUGUUUGGUUUAGAUUUGAAUUUUUCUUCUGAAAAAAAAAAAUAUAUAUAUAUAUAUAGAGUCCUUUUACAGUCAAGACAGUCCGGAUAGAAUUGCGUGUGGAUCCGCAAAAAGCAGACGCUAUAUAAGAAAAAAACGUUGGCUUUUUUCUUAGGAUAAAAACAGAUGCUACAUAAAAAAAAAUAUCGAUUUUUUUUAAAAACAUCGAUUUUGCAUAGGUUUUGCUUCUGGUCCGCACAUAAUUCUAUUCAGAGGGUGCUGAUAAUAGAAUCGUCCUAUAUGUAAAUGUAUAUAUAUAUAUAUAUAGAUUUUAUAGUCAGGACUGAUCGGAUGGAGUAUCAUGCGAACCAGAAGCAAAAUCGAUGCAAAAUCAGCAUUUUUUAGAAAAGUCAGAUAUUUUUUUUGUGUAGUGUCUGCUUUUUUCCUGAAAAAAAAGUCAACAUUUUUUUUUUUUUUUGUAUUUUUUUUAUGAGUCCGCAUGCAAUUCCAUCUGGACAGACUUUACUGUAGAAAGACUAUAUAUAUAUAUAUAAAGAUAUUCUAUAGUGUGGAUCGUCUGCAUGUGGAUCCGCACCAAAGCUGAUAUUUUUUUCUGCACCAUUCACAUGCAGAUUUGCAUCAAAUCCGAUGAAAAAAAAUGUCAAUUUUACUGUGUAUGUGUGUAUGUAUACACUGUAUGUCGAUGUUUUUUUUUUAAAAAGCAUCGAUUUUUUAUGUAGUUUUGCGUGCGAGCAGUCCACCUUGAAGAAUUACUUCAUAUGUAUAUAUAUAUAUAUAUAUAUGUACUUUUUUUAUUUUUUUUA